AUGUCGACGGAAUCAACGACUGAGAAGCAGCCUGCCGUCAUUCUGGUUAUCGGAAUGGCUGGCUCCGGCAAGACUACUUUCCUCCAACGCCUGAACGCCCACCUUCAUUCCAAGAAACAGCCGCCAUACAUCCUCAACCUCGAUCCAGCUGUACGGAAUGUACCUUACGGAGCAAAUAUCGAUAUCAGAGACACGGUCGAUUACCGUGAGGUGAUGAAGCAAUACAACCUUGGUCCCAACGGAGGAAUUCUGACGUCGCUCAACCUGUUUACCACGAAAUUUGACCAAGUUCUCGGAUUGGUAAAUAAGCGCGCUGCAUCUGUGGAUCACAUUCUGCUGGAUACACCUGGACAGAUCGAGAUCUUCACCUGGUCUGCCUCCGGAUCUAUCAUUACUGAUGCUCUUGCGUCGCAAUACCCUACCAUGAUUGCAUACAUCAUCGACACUCCACGAACACGAUCACCAGCAACAUUUAUGUCGAACAUGUUAUACGCAUGCUCCAUUCUGUAUAAGACUAAGCUGCCGAUGGUCUUGGUUUUCAACAAGUGUGAUGUGGAGAUGCCAGAAGACGAGGAGGGACGUGGAGGUUUUGAGAAAGUGAAGGAGUGGAUGAGUGAUUGGGAGUCAUUCCAGGCAGCGCUGAGAGAGGACGAAGAAACGCUCGGAGGAACCGGUGGUACGGGUGGUUCUGGGUAUAUGAACAGCUUGAUCAACUCCAUGAGUUUGAUGUUGGAGGAAUUUUACAGACAUCUUGACGUUGUUGGUGUAUCCGCGGUAACCGGACAAGGCUUUAACGACUUCCUGGAAGCUGUCCAGAACAAGGUCGAAGAAUACAACAAGGAAUACAAGCCUGAGCUGGAAGCACUCAUGAAGGAGCGCGAGUCGAAGAAGGAGAAAAGCAAGGAAGACAGUCUGGCACGGCUGAUGAAGGACAUGAAGAUGGAUAAAUCCGGCAUUACUUCGGCCCCGCAAGAAGGCGGGUCGGCGGAGACAAUCUCAGAUAUGGAGGAUAAUGACGACGAUAUUGAUGAGGAUGAUGUGUAUAACGGUCAGCUCGGUGACGAGGACCUUGUACCGGAUAUCAGUGGACCUGGAGUUGGUAUGAAGCAUGAUGAGAGAUGGGGGCAGAGUUCGGGACAGGGUGCUCGAGGUGGGCGAGGCAAGGACUUUUCCAAAGAGAUCUUGGAGGCAAUGCAAAGAUAG